GUGCAGAAAAUGCAUGCGCCUGUUUCCUCCAGCGCUGAUUCUUGGAAACGCAACAAAUCUCUGCGUAAACUCAAAAACAACAUCAGAGAGUUUCUUUACUUUUUCUCACUGUGGAGGAAAUCCCUGCAAAAGAUCGGAGGGAACUUUGGAGGCGGUGUUGAGUCAUACUUCCUCUUUCUCCGAUUCCUGGUUGUUCUUAAUUUUGUUUCCUUCUUACUGAUUGCCGGGUUUGUCAUCAUCCCCAGCUUCGUCUUCAGAUCUGCAGGGACCAGCGUUGUGAACAGCACGGGUGACGAAGCAUUUUAUGAAGGACAAUGUAUGAAGUAUGACCCAAACCCUCAAGGCCUGGUGGUCUUCUAUGAGUAUUUUCUUCACUUACUUUCAGGAAAGGGUUUUAUGGAGGAUUCAUUCAUGUUUUAUGGCUACUACUACAGCAACAACAAUACAAUGGAGAACAGGAGCCUUUUCUACAACAUCCCUCUGGCCUACCUCUUCACUGCUGUCUUCUACUUUGCUUUUUGUCUCUGUUGCAUCAUAGCACGCAUGGGCGCUACAGUUCGAGUUGCCGUGGCAACGGGAGGCAGCACCAUAAGCAACUACAGCAUGAUUGUGUUCACAGGAUGGGACUAUGGUUGCCUGGGAAACCAGGCUACCAAACUGAAGCAGAGAAACAUCUACUACCAGCUACAGGUGGAUUUGGAGGAAGAGCGCAUAAAGAAACAAGCAGCUUCUCUUACACCGUGGAAAAAAGUAGCUUUAUACUCUCUGCGCGUUUUAAUGUUUUUUAUUUCAUUUGGGCUCAUCGUAGCAGCCUUUUUUGGCAUCUUUGUUGCCACGGAGUUCAGUCAGAGUAACAGUGAUAAGCCUGGGAUUCUAGGUUUGGUUAUAGAGUAUCUGCCAUCUAUUGUCAUCACCGCGGGAAACUUCCUGGUGCCUCUGCUGUGUGACCAAAUCGCCUCGAUAGAAAAAUAUUCUCCCAGCAUUACUGUGGUGGUGGCACUUUUAAGGGCAGUGGUCCUGCGUCUGAUGAGUUUAGGCGUCCUCCUCUUCACGCUGUGGAGUCAGAUCACCUGCAACGGGAACACAGAAGAGGGCGAGUGUGAAACGUGUCAGUACAACUAUGACAAAUACCAGUGCUGGGAAACGAGUGUGGGACAGGAGAUGUACAAGCUGACGCUUUUUGACCUCCUCGUUAACAUCGCUCUGCUCGUGUUGGUUGAAUUUCCACGCAGGAUGGUGGUGGACAACUGGUCCAGUAAGCUGUCUCAGCUGGUGGGCCGGCAGGAGUUUGUGGUUCCCUCUAACGUUCUUGGACUGGUUUAUGGUCAGACUGUGGUCUGGACAGGAGCUCUUUUUUGCCCUCUGCUGCCGCUUAUCAACACCAUUAAGUUUGUUAUCCUCUUUUACUGCAAAAAGAUCACACUAUUCUACAACUGCCGGCCAGCUCUGAAGACGUUUCGGUCCACCACCUCCGCUUUCUUUUUCCUGGUGGUGCUCCUGUUUGGCUGGAUGUUGUCCCUGGUUGUCAUGAUUUAUAGUCUUGCAGAGAUCCGACCAUCAAUGGCCUGCGGGCCUUUCCGUUUCUUCCCCACCAUGUGGCAGAUUGUUCCCAACUCGUUCUAUAGUCUCUCUAAGGUCACACAGGAGUUUCUCUUCUUCAUUGGCUCACAGGCAUUCUCCAUACCUCUUUUUGCAUUAUCAUGUGUGGUUAUGUUUUACUUCAUCGCUUUAUCCUCCAUCUAUAAAAAAAGUGUAGCGAUGCUAAAGGCUCAGCUAAAAUUGGCAGGCCAAGAUAAGCAGUUUUUGGUGAAGCAGAUUGAGAAGCUGAACAACAACAUCUGACACCAACACAGUGCAGGAGAACACGACUGAACACUAAAACUUUGAUCAGUGUCUGCAACCAAACAUAUAUUUAUAUAAAAUCUUUGUCAAUAAUCCUGGCUGUUCUACAAUGAGA